ACUCUUCUCCUUCACUAAUUACGACUGAAAUAUAUCACACGCUUUUGAGAGGGAUGUUGAUUGCUCGACAAAGAGUGGCUCAAUCUAUGGUGGUGGGCCCAUCCCCAAACUUUGUAAUUCCUUUCAUUUUGUUUUGUGGGACCUUGUCAAUGUCCCCCUCCAAAGGGUAGGGUAGGGUGGUGUAGUGCUAAGGGUAUGUGUAACCAUCCAUCCGCAUGUAAUUUUAUUGUGAGUAUUCAUAAAAAUUUAAAAACGGGUAAGGGCUCGUCAGAUUUACCCCGAAAUAUUAACACAAAGGCAAACGGACACAAUUUCUACAUCACUGUGCAAGUCGCCACAUCAAGAAUCUGAAAUACGACAGACAACCUCACUGUCUUCUCAAGGAAGAGAGAAGAACCCAUGCUAUCCUCCUUCAACCCUGCUGCUAGAAACUCCCGCUUUCUCUCUCAUCUGACCCCUCUCUUCGAUUUCCUAUCCAAACCCAUCUCCACCAGCCCUCCUCCAACCACUGAACAAAUAGCACGACUCAUACUCGAUCAAAAAUCACCCUGUGAUGCUCUCCAAACCUUCACAUGGGCCUCCAAAAUCCCUCACUUUCUUCACACUAACUCAACUUAUAGAGCUCUAAUUCACAAGCUCUGCUCUUUUUGCUCUUUCCCCACUGCAAUAAAAGUAAUUAGAGAGAUACCCAUCUCUCUAAAAUCUCCUCCAAGUGAAGAUAUCUUUCUCACUCUUAUCAAAGGCUAUGGAAGUGCAAAAACGGGAAACAAAGCCAUACAAGUGCUUGAUCUUAUGACCCAGUGUGGUAUCAAGCCAUCUCUCAAGGUGUACAACUCAAUCCUCAAUGUCUUAGUGAGAGAAAACAUAGACUUGGCCAGGGAUUUUUACAGGCAAAAGAUGAUGAAAUCUGGAAUUUUUGCUGAUGAGUACACGUUUGGGAUAUUGAUGAAGGGCUUGUGUGCAACAAAUAGAGUUUCUGAUGGGUUCAAGCUCCUGCAAUUGAUGAAAAACCAGGGAGUCGAGCCCAACCCGGUGGUGUAUAAUACUCUAAUUCAUUGUCUCUGUAAAAAUGGGAAGGUGGGUAGAGCCAGGAGCCUGAUGAGUGAGAUGACAAAGCCCAGUGAUGUCACUUUCAACAUUCUGAUAUCUGGGUAUUGUAGAGAGAGAAACUUUUUGCAAGCCUUGGUCUUGUUUGAGAAGAGUUUGGCUGUUGGGUUGGUCCCUGAUGUGGUUACAGUGACAAAGCUCAUCGAGGUUCUGUGCGAAGAAGGUCGGGUUGCGGAGGCCAAAGAGGUGCUGCACAGAGUUGAAGAAAGAGGGGUUUUGCUUGAUACGGUUGCAUAUAAUGCUCUGAUAAAUGGAUUUUGUAGAGCUGGUGAAUUAGUGCAUGGUGAAAGUGUUUUGAAGGGGAUGUACAGGAAGGGAUGCCUUCCAAAUUCCAGGACUUAUGAUGCCUUAAUCUCUGGUUUUUGCAGCCUGGGAAAGUUUGAGUUGGGUCUUAAUCUUUUACAUGAAAUGACGAGAGAGAAAAUCAGACCUGAAUUCUCCUCUUUUGAGGCGCUGAUUAGAGGAUUUUGCAGGGGAGGAAGAAUGCAAGAUGGGCUUGAGGUAUUGGGUAUGAUGGAGGACAUUGGGACUAGCAAUAGGGUGGUGAAGAAAGAGAAAAUGGGUGUUUAUAACACUAUAAUAUAUGGUUUUUACUGCGGGAAUAGAGUAGACGAGGCUUAUGAGUUUCUCACCAGGAUUAGGCCAAUUUUCACUAGAAAUGUAGAUAUGAAUCUUAGAGUUUUGGAUUUAUGCAAGGGUAGCAAGAUUGAAGAGGCAAUUGGGGUUUUUGAUGAGAUGGUUGGUGAAGGCAAUGCACCCUGUGUUAUUGUGUAUGAUUGUUUAAUUGAUGGGUUAUGUAAAGAAUGGAGUGUGUUUAGGGCAUUUGGGCUCAUGAAUCAAAUGGUGUGCAGAGAAUUUUUCCCAAAUUUAAAGACUCUCAGAUCUAUAGUUGGUGGGUUUUGUAUGGAAGGAAAUGUCAAGAGUGCUGCUAAAUUCUUAGAGGAAAUGGCGGAGAGAGGUUACUGCCUUGAUGCUGGUGUUUAUAAUAUUUUGAUUGAUGCUUUUUGUGAGAAUGGGGAUUUGGUUAAUGCUCAGGGGAUUUUGGAGAAAAUGGUGAAAAGGAAUGUUGUUCCUGAUUCUUUUACUUGGAAGUUUUUGCUUGAUGGUAUAGGGGUAGAUAUGGUUGGGGUGGAGAUUUUAUGAGAGAGUAGCAUCAUUGUACUUCCAUUUUUUAUCUUUCGCUUCCGUUCCUUUGGUUUUUUGUGCGAGGGUUUGCCAGCAAAUUUAAAUUGCCAUGAAAGGAUAAAUAGCUCAUGUAUUAACACUUCCC